GAAGUGGAAUUACGUUUGUUGUCACGGUCACAUGCUCAAGUCAACCUCGAUCAGCUGACUGUAUCCCUUCCCUUUUGAUGGAUAGAGUUCCCUUCUUCAGUUGAAAGAUUUUGGGGUUAUUCAGACCGUUCGACGUCAAUUGUAAAGACAAAACUGAAGGUAGCAUAGUGCGAUAGUCCGGAAAAUAUCGCGGUUUGGGUGAUCAUGAACGGACACGCCAUUCUCUACACCGGGGUCACUUUGGCCUUCUGGAGUACCAUUCUCAUCGUCGGUAUUUGUUACACGAUCUUCGACCUUGGAUUCCGCUUUGAUGUGGCAUGGUUUUUGACAGAAACCUCGCCCUUCAUGUGGGCGAACCUUGGAAUUGGCUUGGCCAUCUCCCUCUCUGUUGUUGGAGCUGCUUGGGGCAUUUACAUCACAGGUUCCAGCAUCAUAGGAGGUGGUGUAAAAGCACCACGGAUUAAAACAAAGAAUCUGGUCAGCAUUAUCUUCUGUGAGGCUGUAGCCAUCUAUGGGAUCAUCAUGGCGAUCGUUAUAAGUAACAUGGCUGAGAGUUUUAGUGGCACCACACCAGAGACCAUUGGGGCAAGGAACUACCAAGCAGGCUACUCUAUGUUUGGCGCUGGUCUUACUGUGGGAUUCUCCAACCUCUUCUGUGGCAUCUGUGUUGGCAUCGUUGGUAGUGGGGCCGCCCUGGCAGAUGCUCAGAAUGGCAGCCUCUUUGUUAAAAUCCUUAUUGUGGAAAUCUUCGGCAGUGCAAUUGGGCUAUUUGGAGUGAUUGUGGCCAUCUUGCAGACGUCGAAAGUAAAAAUGGGUGACUAGAAGAUUCAUCUUCAAUAUGACAAGAUCAAUGGAAGACAAAGCUGGACAAGCAGAUGGAUUGUGUAAAUACAUAGUAAAUUAUUUAAAUGUAUUUUUUGUCUGAUUGUUUUGAACCAUAAUUUGCUGAAGAGUGACAUAUUUGCACCAUUUUGUCUUAAAGGAAUGCAGCCAAAUGGUUAGAUUAAACUGCAGGUGUUUAAGACAAAAUCCUGUCCCCUUUGAAUACAAUUGGUCUUCGUAGUAUAGUGGUACAUAUAAUUAAUCUCUAGAAAACCUCAUGGCUUUCCCCACGUACGUUUACUGUUGUAUCAAUCUAUCACAAUUGAAAGGGUCACUAGACAUUUAGGGAAUGUAUUUCAUAGUAGGGACAUUCUUUCAAAUUAUAUUUGAUUUCAUUAACAUCUGUAUAGGAUUUGUUACCCGUGAUCAAUCAUGGAAUGCCACUAUUUAACAUCUAAGGUUCCCAAGUUUGGUUUGACACGCAUAUGGUUUCUCUGGUGGUGGACAUGCUUGUUGUUCUGUUCAUUACAUGGAAGUGAAACAUUUCGACAAUGUCGUAAUUUUUAUUGAAUGCCUGUAAAAAUGUAUUUGAACUGUUUGUAUGCAAAAGUCGUAAUGUAUAACAAAGCAAAUGAUUAUAUUUAUGACUGAUGUAAUCUGUGUUUUUUUCCAUUAGUUUCAGUUACGGUAUAUUUUUCCAUGACUGGUGUGAGUAACCUUUUUCUGCAGUAACACAGAAUGAAUCAAUAUGUGUAGGUACAAGGGGGCUCUAAGGAGAUAUUACACUGAAAUUGUAGUUGGUCAGCUGUCAUUAUUCACUCUUGUUUUGAUGUAUGCAUAACAUUUUGGUCGGCACUCUUCAGUCCUGAUUGGUUAAACAUUUGAAUUGUAAAUUGUUGUGUGUGUGUGUGUGUACAGUAUAUAUAUAAAGGGCACAUGUCUGUUUCUUUGUGAAGCAUGAGGGUGUUUACCAUUCUGAUGCAAGUGGUCUUUAUCCACGGUGAGAACUGUUGCUGAUGAAUAUAAGUAUUAUCUGAUUUCAAGUGACCAUAGAUAAUGUCUGUUUUCUCCUUCUCAGGUCUGUAAUCCCCUGUAAACUAUCCAUCUGUGGAGAGUGAAAUGUAGAUGUUUUCCUCAAGACCAGUUAUCCGCGUCAGUGUUUCCCCCUUUAUCCGUUUAGCAGCGGCGCACCGUAGAGAUUUUAUAAUGUAGAUAUAUAUACCCCAAGACGACACCCUGCUCCCACUACCUCUGCCACCGCUGCUGAAGACCCCAACCCAUUACUUCUGCCACCACUGCUGAAAAAUCUUAGGGGAAACGCUGCAUGUACAUUUUCUGCUUUUCUUCCAGUUUUUUUUGUUGUAAUUUUGAGUUUAAAUGAUCUGAGCUCCUUGUCUUUCCACUGCUGUGAAUGGGCUGAUAUGCAUACUCUUUUGGAGAGAUGGUACUCGAACAGAACAUCGAUAAGAACUUUCUCAGACCAGUUGGCCUUUUACUUAGUUGUGAUUUUGUUUGUCUUUAGUUUUUUUUAAAUUUUAUCUAAUGAAUUACAAUUAGCUUGAGCCCUUAAAUUAAAAUUAACCCUAGAGUCUGACUUCCAUUUUAAUGUUCAUAACAUCCAACUUGCUGUGACCAUGUGUUUGUCCCAAAUGGCAUCCUAUUUCUUACGUAGUGUACUGCAUUUGACCUGAGCCCUUUGGGCCCUGAUCAAAAGUAGUGCAUUAUAAGAAAUCGGGUUCCAUUUGGGAUGCAUUUGACUGUAUACUUAUGGGGGUCUCCAACUGAGUGUUCCAUCCUGUCCUCACCAACCGUACAUGUAUAGUAUUAUUGUUUUAAAAAAUGUAUGUAAAAGUUAAUGGUAUUUAUCCAUGGAGAUGAAAGAUCGUUUGGCUGAUCCCUAUGGCAAAAGGCCCAAAAAGAUAAUUUGAAAUAGUAUUUGGCAUGGGUUUCAUACAAUGAUUCAGCUUUGUUCAUUACUUUUGAGCAUUUCUAAAUGGACCUUUGGUGUAAUACUGGGUUGGCCAUCCUGGUCUUGGAAGAGCCUCAGUGCUGAAGGGUUUAACUUGAAUGGAUAACAUUUGGAUUGAAAGUCCAACUUGUUGGUUUAAAAGUAUGCUGCUUGAAAGAUGGCCAAUGGCUUACAUUGAGGCCCUCUAGGUCCUUGGUUGGCUGCCUAUUGUAGUGGUGUCAUUCCUAAUGUAAAGGAAGAUUUCUAGAUCAUACUUCAGUGAGUGUUUAAUAUGUUGAUGUGGUAAAUCCAUUGUUUUGACAUGUAAAAGUGGGUCCUCUUUACUUCAUAAUUGUCCUUGAAAGAAUAAAAUAUUCCAACCUGAUCGUUCAA